UUUUAUAGCAUUCCACGCCUGCCUUCUCCCUAUCUCAUGUUCCCUCCCUCAUCUCACUUUCACUGACCCUCAGCCUUGCCCGCAAUCUUUGGACGUCUUUGCUCUCUUUACUCACAAUUGCAUCGAACUGGGAUAACUCACUCAGCUCACCAAUCUCUAAUCUCUACGGUUCCCCAGCUCGGUCAGAGUCAACAAUACAAUGGCGGAGACCAAGACAGCCCCUGUGCCCAACGGCGUGUCGCCGCGUUCAACCACACUUCGCCACCUCCUGACUCUUCCCGCCGUCCAGGAUGGCGUCCGCGCAUUUAGUGCCAAUCCAAUUGGCAAGAUGUCGAUCCGGCUCACCAACUCGGUGUAUGAGUUGGUCGGCGCCCCGAUGCUCAGCCUCUUCAACAAGCCGCUGGCCUACGUGAUCCCCUACGCCCAGCGGGCCGACGAGUUCGGUGUCGAAACGCUGUACAAGGUGGAGGAAAAGUACCCGCUGGUGAAGAAGCCCUCUUCUGAGCUCCUGAGCGACGCCAAGGAGGCCGCCUCCCAACCGGCCAGGCAUGUGGCCGAGGUGUACAACGGUGCAUACAAGAAGGCGGGUACCAACCACACCAUUGCCAGCGCCAAGGCGGCCGUCGAGACGGCGGCCAUUGUGACAUUCGAAGGCUCUGUCUUUGCCAUCCGCGAGACCCUCAAGCUUGGUCAGUCGUUCCAGAUCACCGAGUCGCUCAACCGCGCGGUGGAUCGGCUAGAGGAGAUUAUCAAGCGCCAACACAGCGCCAGCACGGCCAGCGCGGUUAACCACGACCAAGCUGAGCCGCAAAACGCACCCGAGCCCAAGACCUCGAUCGUUUGAUCGUGGCAAUGGUCGUACGGGUGGCAGACGGUGUGCUCCAAUACGUGGACUGGGACGUUGCCGGCAUGGUUUUGGUCUUUCGAGAAGUCCACAGUUGUGAAUCGGUGCAGCGUGGUUUCUUUGGUUCGGUUCGGCCGCGGAUGGAGGAAGGAAGAAUCAAGCAGGCUUUUCUGGUCUGGUCAGCGAAGAGGGAUGGAAUAGACACGGUACCAUGGGGCAUGUAAUUAACAAGCUUAACAAAACGGAGAAUGGAGUUGGACUUGAACUUGAA